GCCACACGCUCCCGGAAGUGGGAGGUGUCCGCUCGAGUUUGUGUGGCCGCCGCCGCGGGAACGCGAGCCCGGUAAUUUUUCAACGGAGAAAGGCGAGGCUUUCGGGCUUGGCCGAGUGAGAGUGAGCGAGUGUCGGGCUCCGGCAGCUCUCUCCUUACGUGACAGCCGGCAUGGAGCAUGAGCGGAGCAAACAGCCUGGCAGCGAGGCCGUGGCUCCCGCGCGGCUGGAGUCGCCCCGGUCCGAGUGUGGGGAGGAGCCGCGGAACCCGAAUCCUGAGAAAAAGCAACAAUGUAGAUUUGAUGUCCAAGAAACCAAAGGAUCUAAGUUCAUUACCUCCAGUGCAAGUGAUUUCAGUGACCCAGUUUACAAAGAGAUUGCUAUUACGAAUGGAUGCAUUAAUAGAAUGAGUAAGGAAGAACUCAGAGCUAAGCUUUCAGAAUUCAAGCUUGAAACCAGAGGAGUAAAGGAUGUGCUAAAGAAAAGGCUGAAAAACUAUUACAAGAAGCAGAAGCUGAUGAUGAAAGAGGGCAAUUGUGCUGACAGUUACUAUGACUACAUUUGUAUCAUUGAUUUUGAAGCCACUUGUGAAGAGGGUAACCCACCUGAGUUUAUACAUGAAAUAAUUGAAUUUCCUGUGGUUUUACUGAAUACCCAUACCUUAGAAAUAGAAGAUACAUUUCAGCAGUAUGUGAGACCGGAGAUUAACACCCAACUUUCUGAUUUCUGCAUCAGCCUAACUGGAAUUACUCAGGAUCAGGUAGACAGAGCUGAUACCUUCCCUCAGGUACUAAAAAAAGUAAUUGACUGGAUGAAAUCGAAGGAGUUAGGAACAAAGUAUAAAUAUUGCAUAUUGACAGAUGGUUCGUGGGAUAUGAGUAAGUUCCUGAAUAUUCAGUGCCGGCUAAGCAGGCUCAAAUAUCCUCCUUUUGCUAAAAAGUGGAUCAAUAUUCGAAAGUCAUAUGGGAACUUUUACAAGGUUCCUAGAAGCCAAACCAAAUUAACAAUAAUGCUUGAAAAGCUAGGAAUGGAUUAUGAUGGGAGGCCUCACAGUGGUCUUGACGACUCUAAGAACAUUGCCCGAAUAGCAGUUCGAAUGCUUCAAGAUGGAUGUGAACUCCGAAUUAAUGAGAAAAUGCAUGCAGGACAGCUAAUGAGUGUGUCUUCCUCGUUGCCAAUAGAGGGCACUCCAGCUCCACAAAUGCCACAUUCUAGAAAAUAACAACAUUUUUGCCCUUUGCCCAUGGAUCAUUCACUCUAACUGGAGUUGCUACAAAGAGGUAGCAGAUGAAUACUUAUUGAAUUAGUCAUGCAGUGCAAAAUUUGAGCACCUUAAACAUUUAAACUCUUACUACAGUUACAGUUAUAUAUAAAUGUAUGUGAACAGAUUCUGUGGAGAGGGCGUAUUGAAUUUUUUUGUCACCAGCACUUUUAAUAUGAGCAGUAUUUGUUACACAGUAACAGUUCCUGCUUAGAAGUGAAUUUUGUAAUUUAAGGUGUCCAAGAUGUGUCCCUUUUGGUUUUAAAAUGCGAACGCUUUAUUGGCUCUUCCCUUGAAUGUCCUAUCUUACUGAUAUUAAAAUAUAUAAUGUAUUUCUACAUUAACAUCAUUAGAUCAAGUCAUUUCUUACAGUGCAGAAAAGAUUGGAAGGCCUUAUCUAGCCUUUGGGUUUUAAGAAUAUCCUAGUCCUUUUGAUUUUUGAAAUCUGUAUGUGAAGUUCACCUGUGCAUAGUGAAUUUCAUAAGGUACUUGGUACACAUACCUGCCCACAUUUCUUUUCAGUUUAUAAUUGGAAGACUUGUGUGUUAGACUAUAGGGCCUUCUUAAAAGUUCAGUUACUGGUGAGAUUAAUGGAAAGUCAGAGGAAAAUACCAUUUAAAAGAGUUUAAGGGCUGUACCUCAAACUUUGUAACAUAUAAACAUAUCAGUGGGUUUUUCUUAACUUGGUUUUUUGGUUCCCCUCCCUCUUGUGACAUAUAUCUGCCCUAAUUCUUAAAUCUAAAAGACCAUGCUUUGAAAUAGACUAAAAAUAAGGGUCACCACUUAAUUUUGCAUUUGUAUUCAACACUAUGAGUAAGGUUAAUAAAGUCAAAUAAUGGUUUUUAACAUCUUAUGUUUUUAUUAAAAGUUGAUUUUACAUAGUGAG